AUGAUGCGACAAAUAUUGACCGUUUUUAUUAUUACUGUGAUCUUUAAAACUGUAAAUGGAAAGAUUCAAUGCAAAAAUAUGCGUGGAAAGUCUGUCGAUUGGUUCGUUGUAUACAAGCUUCCGAAACUUUCCGGCAGCGGAACAACAGGAAAAGAGUUUGUCUAUAUUGACUCAGAAUCAUCAGAUUGGACUCGAGGAAAUGAUAUAAAUGAUGAGCAAGUAGCUGUGGGAGCCACAAUUUCUCAAGCUUAUUCAGCAGACAAAUCAAGCAAUUUUCUGUUGAUGUAUAGCGAUGAUGACCCAAUAAAAGAAGCUGAUUCUUAUCGAGGUCAUGCCAAAGGUGUCUCACUUUUCGAUUCAACUACUGGAUUCUGGCUGAUUCACAGUGUUCCUAAUUUUCCUCCAAUCAAGAGUUACUCGUACCCAAGUACUGCAGAAAAAUAUGGACAAUCAUUCUUCUGUUCUUCUAUGGAAGUUCAGCAUCUAGCAGAACUUGCGGAACAUUGGAAAUAUAUUCAAGCAACUCCAUACGUAAUAAACCUUCCGGAUAAGUUUGGAACACGGUUCCCAACACUCAAAAAUGUGCAAGCUAAACAAAGUUUACCACGCUCAGCUACUCAGUUUUGGAUUUCGAAACCAAUUAAAACGGUUCAAGGAGUGACAUUGAUGGCUUAUGCGAAACAUAAGAAGUUUGAUGGAGACAUUUGGAAUGACUUGAUCUCAAAACAAAACAAAGUGACACUUGCUGUUGAGAGUUGGUUGAAUGGGAGUGGUGAUGAUUUGCAUACAACUUGUACAGAUUCUAGUCAGACUCAUGACGUCACUGAAAUGCGUGUCACUGGACUGAAUUUUGCCAGCUCGAAGGAUCAUUCGAAGUGGGCGGUUUCUAAUUCUCAGACGAAUCCGAUUGUCUGUUUCGGAGAUAUGAAUAGACAGAAAUCUCAAUUAAAACGUGGCGGUGGAGCAGUGUGUAUUCAGAAUAGAAAUCUCUGGCAAAUCUAUCAUUCUUCUGUUAUUCAAGUUGAGCCCUGUAAAGCUUCUUUCCAUUACUCGUUUUUCAGAACAGCAAUCAUUUUCAUUUUUUUAGUAUUUUCAGUCUCGAAGAUCUAA